AGAAAAAGCUGUUAAAUUCUGAAUUCUGUAUGGGUCAUCAUUUAAAGAAAGUAUGUCAAUUGUGGUUUGAUCUCUGUCAUGGCCAGUCAUUGUUAUAAUCAAUGCCUAUGCACUUCAGGAUGAUCAUAUAUCAAAGGUAUCAAGAUGCAUAGUAUUGAAUGAUUCAGCUCACGUCUCUACUUGAAAAACGGAUACCCACAUAUAACCAAUUUAACUAUUCAAAUACUAACAAUUGACAUUUAGUAACUAUGAUUAAAUGAUGAAGCAAAAGUUAAUGCAAGCAGAUUUGGUAGAAUCAUUUAUAAAUGCUAUAAAUAUUGAACAAAAGUCGGAUGUACUUCUUACCAAUGAAUAUUUGGAAUCAUACUCGCCCAAAAAGUUGGCCCUGGCAGGAUUGGCCAUUAUCAAUUUGAUAGUCAAUAAUAUCAAACUUGGUUUGGGUGGGAAGACCUUGAUCGAAUUGAUUCUUGAUCCUUCCCUCAAGAGUACGCCCAAUGACGAACUUCAAGUUGGAUCCUUGAGAGUUGGUGAUAUAGUCAAAUUAGAUCGAAUGGGUAAGUCAAAGGAUGUCAAGGGAAAAGAAAAGGAAAAGAAGAAAGAGAAAGAGAAAGAGAAAGAAAGUAUCGGUGAAUCUUUAGAGGGAGUAGUGAUAAGGCAAAAUUCACAAUCUAUCACUAUAUCAGUUGAUGAUGACUCUUCUGAAGAGAAGGUGCUUGCACUAUAUAAUAAUACUUCCAAUGAUAAUAUAAGAAUGUGGGUAGUUAAACUUACAAAUAGUAUUACUUACAAGAGAAUGCUAUCUACAAUGAGGAAAUUAGGAGAGCUUAGUGAUGGAGAUAAAUCAUCAAUAGUUAGACUUCUACUUGGAGAAGCUAAAUAUCUUCCAACACCAUUUUCUGGUCUGAAAUUAGUGGAAUUCUUCAAUCCUAGUUUAAAUGAUUCACAAAAGUCUGCUGUUCAAUUUGCAGUGAAUGAAUCUCCCAUAACCAUCGUUCAUGGUCCUCCAGGUACAGGUAAAACCAGUGUGAUCUUGGAAAUCAUAAAGCAAUUAACGUUCAAGAAGGGUGAAAGAGUUCUUGUUUGUGGUCCAUCUAAUAUUUCCGUGGAUACAAUUUUGGAAAGGUUAUCUAUUCAGUUUAAUGGAACUGAAUCUGGUAAAACUCGUGAUAAAUUAAUAAGAUUAGGACAUCCAGCAAGAUUAUUAGAAACAAAUUUAAGACAUUCAUUAGAUAUCCUCUCAAAGGCAAAUUAUGGUGGCGAUAAUAAUAAUAAAGAUAUAUUAAUGGAUAUCCAGAAGGAUAUUGAUGAUACAUUAAGAAAAAUCAAGAAAUGUAAAAGAUAUUCUGAGAGAAGAUUACUUUAUUCUGAACUCAAAGGAUUUAAGAAGGAACUUAAAGUUCGAGAGAAAAAGAUUGUUCAAGAUCUCCUAGUUAAUGCCGAUGUUAUAUUAAGUACAUUACACGGUGCAGGUUCGUAUGAAUUACUGGCAUUGUACAAAGAUAACAGCUUAAAUUUCAGUCCUUCUAAUCCAUUUUUUGAUACUAUUAUAAUUGAUGAAGUUUCUCAAUCAUUAGAGCCUCAAUGUUGGAUUCCUAUUUUGAAUCAUAUUGGAUUUAAAAGAUUAGUAAUUGCCGGAGAUAAUUUACAAUUACCUCCCACAGUGAAAUCUAAAGAUGAAAUAGAAGCACUUCUUGGAAAUCUCUCUAUUGAGAAAGUAGCCAAUCUAGAAUUUACAUUAUUUGAUAGAUUAGUAAAACAUUUAGAAGGGAAUAAAUUCAAAAGGUUAUUGGAUACUCAGUAUAGAAUGAAUAAAUAUAUUAUGGAAUUUCCUUCAAAUGAACUAUAUGAAGGGAAAUUGAAAGCAUUUUCAUCUGUAUCGGAUAUUUCAUUGCUUGAUUUUAAACAUGUUAAAGAGAAUGAUGAAACUUCACCGAUUUGUAUAUGGUAUGAUACUCAAGGAGGAGAUUUUCCUGAAAAAUCUAAUGAAGAUGAUGAUAAUGGUCAUAUUGGAGAAAGUUCAGGUUCAAAAUAUAAUGAAAUGGAAUGUCUAGUUGUCAUUCAGCAUGUUAAGCAUUUAUUAGAAAGUGGAGUAUUACUGAAUCAUAUAGGGAUCAUUUCUCCAUAUAAUGGACAAGUAACCUUACUUAAAAAGAGUUUUCAAUUAGAAAUGGAAAAGGAUUCUAGAUUAGGUUUCGAAAAUGUUGAAAUUUCUACGGUGGAUGGAUUUCAGGGUAGAGAAAAGGAGGUGAUUAUCAUUUCAUUAGUUAGAUCCAAUGAUAUACGAGAAGUAGGAUUCUUGCGUGAUAAAAGAAGAUUAAAUGUUGCUAUGACACGAGCCAAAAGGCAACUAUGUGUUGUUGGUGAUCUCGAAUUGAUGUCUCAAUGCGGUAUCAAGUAUUUACAUAAUUGGGCAUCAUUUGUUGAGAAUGAAUCCCGAUCUGAUGAUGUUGAAGGGCUGAAUGUUUUUGAAAUACUAUAUCCGGAUUUAGGAGAUUAUUGAUUUUCGUGUGACAUGCUGCACUGUGUGGUGACUUUAUGUCAGCAGUUGCGAGAUGCUGAUGUUUAUUCUGAUGUUUAUUUAGAAAUAACAGAGUACUUAUAUCGAUUAAUGUAAUCAAUGGUAAUUCCUAUUCUAGAUCUAACUCUAACUCUAAGUAUAAGUAUAAGUCUAAGUCUAAGUAUAAACCUAUUUCAAUUCUUCUAUACUAAAUGUAGAAUUAAAUAAAUAAGCGAAGAAUAUUAUUCUAUUAAAAAUUUAUGUGAUCACAGUACUUAAUGCAC